AACACCUCCCAGCUCCUGAGGCUCUCCUGGAACUGAUGUCAGCAGUGGCCACUUGUGUUUGGGAGGAGCUCAUGGAAUGUGCAAGAAUUGUCUGAUCCAAGGAGGUCUCCAUCCAAGUGGCACCAAGAAUGCCCCAGGGAGAUCGGGCAUCAUUGUGGAGAUCAUGCAAAGCAGGACAAGCUUUGAAAGCCAAGAGAAGGAGGAGGAGAUCCCUGGGUGUCACUGAGCAUUUCCUCCAGGCCUGGCUGAUGCAAUGCACUGAAAAUUGCUGUGUGAGAAGAGAGGUGUCUGAAGGUGAUGAAUGGCUUUGCUAUGUUUGCCAAGCAGAUGUUUUCCUUUGAUGGGCACCAAAACACCUGGGCUUGCCCUUCCUGGUUGGAAGAGUGAAAUUCCCUCAAAAGGCUCACAAAUACAGGCCAAAGCAGUAGUUUCAGGAGAAAAAGAGGAAGGCUGGAGGUGCCAUUGCAGAGGAGGGGAGAGGCCAGGCUCAGCAGUCUGAGCAGGUUUGAUGCCUCAGCAAGGAGCUGCUUGAGAUCAUCUGAGUCACUAAGACAGAGAUGAACCACAGGAGAAGUUGAGAGAGGGAAGUCACGGGGAAAAAGAGCAAACGAGCAGGUAUUUGCUGAGACAACAGGUAGAAAUUCCUCUCUUUUUGCCAGAGAAAUGUGAGAAAACGUUGUUGAAAUUUAGCUUUCAGAGUCCAGCUGGAUGCCUGGCAGCAGAGAUGUGGCCAAGCAGGGAUGAGGAAAGGUAUUUCUUGAGCAAAGUUAUGUAAAUGUAUGAGCCAACUCAAGCUAAAAGGUAUUAUCUGCCAUUUCGAGGGAAUUGUGAGUCUGUUCAGUGAGGUAAAAAUGAACACUGACACUUUUAAUGCCCAUAACUCCAAAUAACUGUAUUAUCUCCAAGCUGUAUUAUCCACCCAUUUACUUGUUUUAGUACAUAAUAACUAUCCUGUGUGGCACACUAAUAUAUAACAUCUCAUAAUUGAAUGCAAUAACCAUCCUCUAAUUGCAUUACCAAAGGAAAUAUUAAUGGCAACACCUGAUCGAUGAGCUCCAGACAAAACAGUGGUAUGUAAACUUGGGAGCCAAGGGACUGGGAAUUCAGUGCCAGCUCCUCCCAGAUCCUUGUUUUCUUUGCUGCUGCCACAAAACUGCUAUAAAUUAAAGCUGUAAGUGGAAAAUAAUGCUUGUGAGGCCAGGGAGAGGAGUAUUCAAACCCUGCUUUCUCAUGAAUUAAGUAAUAAAAAAGCAGGAUUAUUUCUUUUUCACUUAGAAAUCUUUAUUUCUCACUGCCUGAGGGAGCUGAGCUUCUGCCACUGCUUCACGGCCUUGGGCAACGCACUUAAUCUGCCAGGAUCUGUGUCACUGGGUUAAUCAUAUUUACGUGCCUUUUAUGAGUGUUAAUGAUUAGUCCGGGAAUGUUUGCAUGGACUUUUCCAGACGCGACUCCUCAGAUGAACGCUCCGUGUUGAUGCUUGGGGCUGGCGGGGUUAAAUCCAGGAGGAGGGGCUCUGUUUUGGGGCGGGGAGUGACUCUGACGGGGCUCAGGAGCCAUCCGAGACUGCCAGCGGAUCCGUGGCUCUGCACACGAGAUGGGAAAGCGAUUUCCUGUGGACACAGAAAUUUUCUGUGGGCUCUGCCUGGGAAAGGCGUCUCUGUGCUCUCUAAGGGGGGAGCUCCUGUUUCACAGGGAAUCCCCACCAUGCAUGGGCUGCGAUGCAGGAUCCUCUUCAUGGGGACCGCCGGUGUCACCGAAAUUAGGAAAUAAAACUCCUUAACACCGAUGGAGUUGUAAAAAGUAGAUGUUAUUAUUCGGACGGGGCGGGUGACUCCACCUAAGGUGUGUUCACGGCUCAAGAUGAGCACAGUUCAUCAGAAAAUGUUACAUAUGAAGGUUUUCGCUGUCGGGGUGAGUUGUGCACGUGGGUUUUUUUGAACAAUUUGUUUCUCAGGCUGCCCGGACUGGGCGGCACGGAAUUGUUACCGAGCCCUCGACGUUGCACAGCCACACCACGUUCCUCGAACCGUGACUUGGCCGCCAAUCCCUGCACCGGGGGGUCCCCUCCUGUAAUUGGGGUGACCCCCCUGUUGGGCACUGCGUGUGAGAGAGGGGUCCCUCCCUGAUGGGGAGAGUUCCCUUGAUGUCGCUCCUCCCUAAUCAAUGGAGGAUGGUUCCUAGUGGGGGCUGCCCCUUCACUGGGGGUCCACACAGUGGGGUCCUUUUAAUGAGGCACCCUACAAUGAGGGCUGCCCCUAACAACCGCGGGCUCGCCCCUCCAGAACGGGGGGCUCGCCGCAGUGGGAGUGUCCCCACAAGGCGGGGGAUGUCCCUGCCCCAGAGUCCCCGCUCCGAGCCCGCAGCAGCUCAGCGCACAUGUGCCUGAGCUGUCCUCUCCUGUCCCGUCCCGUCCCCUCCCCUCCUCCGCCCGGCCCACACGCACACCCAGCCCUCUCCUGCUCCUUCUCCACCUCCUCCUCCUCCUCCUCCCACUUCCUCUGCACAACGCGGGCUGCCUGCCGAGGAGGCGAGCGGCUCCCCCCGUUGUCCCCGUCCGUGCCGAGCCCGCAGCCGAGCCCGUAGCGAUGCGCCGGGGGAGGCACCGCGCCGCAGCCGCAGGCAGGCCAGCUCACCUCUCCUGUGUGGACACCACCACCGAUGUAUAAAUGGCCUCAAAACGGUACUCGGAGUCUGUGAAUCCCAUGAUAUUCAACAAGCUACCUCAUCUGGAGCCCGCUGCCAGCUUCCUGCCCAGAAAAAUCUCUGGCACAUCCAGCCCUGUGCCCCACCCCACCUCUGAAAACCAUUUCAGCUACAAGGCCUCCUACUUUGCCUGCCUGCUGCAGAGUCCCGAGGGUCCUGAGCAGCCCCCGGCUGGCUGGAGCCCCGUGCCCACCUACCUGCACCACAGCCCUGGUGCCCUGGGCCAGCCUGUGCCAGCUGAGGAGCCACUGCUGGGCUUCCCACUGCACCCACCAGAGAGCCCAGGCACCCAGAACAGCAAGGACAGGCUGAGCCAGAAGCAGCUGAUGCCCAGGAAGAAGCUGGAAAGACCCAGGUGCCCGUUGCCGGUGAAGAAGCCGCUGCUGCUGAAGAAGGCAGCCCCCCUAGCAGUCCCCACACCGGUGUACGGAGCCCCCGCCUCCUUCCUGGCUCCCAGGAUGGCUCUGCUACUGGGAGCACAAGCACAGAGCCUCCAGCAGCGACCAGGGGAGGCAAACUGGGCCCUGCCCCCUGCCACUCACCCUCUGCACCCUGGUGAGCCCCACAAGACUAGUCUCUGCUCUGACCACAGCCUUGUGUCGCUGCCAUCCAGCCUGGCCCUGCCUUCCAAGGAGCAGCUGGGCUCCUCCACUGCCUUAUCCCACUGCUGUGUCACCUUUGAUAAGUACAGGCCAUCCCCCAGCAGCCCAGCAUCCCCCAGCUUGGACCCCUGGCCCAAGCUCCAGCCCCCUGAUGCCAGCCCAGUGACCCGGGAGAGGUCAGCAAUGUGCUACCCACCCCCCCAUUACCCGCUGUCAUCUCACAGAGCUGGCCUCCUCUACCACCCCUCAGCUCCCAUUGUGGGGGAGCCCAGUGCCCUGCCUCCCUUUGGCUACAUGGGAAGCAGGGAGCCCUUUCUGAGCGCCUACCUCAAGCCCCAAGCCCCCAGGAGUUACUUUCCCAGCCCCAUGGAGCCCUACAUGCAGAGCACAGCGGGUGCCAGGCUGGGGGUGGUGCUGAGAGAUGCUGAGCCACCCAGGGAUGCUGAGCUGCCCAGGAACACGGGAUACCCAGGGUUUGCCAUCAGCCCGGGCGAUGCAUCUGUGUUUCACACCUCCUUUCCCAGCAUGGAGCCGGGGUGUGAGCAGCAGGGGGCAGACAGUCCGCAGUGGAGAGCAGCACCGAGACACAUCAGCGCUUUCCAGCCUUUCUGCACCUCAGAGAAGCUUUCUGGGGGCUCCAGUGUGCUCGCUGAGACAUUUCCUGAGAGAGGAGGAAGCUGGGAGAGACCCAGGCAAGAGGAGGAGGAGUCCCUGUACCCAGGGAGGAAGAACAGCAGCCUGGCCCCUCAGGAUAUCCCCUGUGGGGGACCAGGGGAAGGAAAUGGCUACGAGGUCAAGGAUCCAGCCAAGGAGCUCAUCCGCCCUUCUCCCUCCGUUACCCCCACCAGGGGGCUGGAAGACCUGAGGGACACCAAGGCUUUGUCAUCCUCCCCACCCAUGCCUGUGAUCCACAACGUCUUCAGCCUGGCACCCUACCAGGAGUUCCUGCAGAGGGCCAAGGACUCAGACCCCAUCCUGGUCUCCAGGAAGCAUAUGUGGGAGCACUCCUCACCCCAAAACACAGGUGACAGCCAGGAGCCUGCUGCCCUCAGAGACGUCUCGGUGGUGUCCAGCCUGAGGUCAGGCAGUGAUGCAGUGCAGAGCCAAGGGGAAAGCUGUUACCCAAGCAUCCUUAAAAAGCCAAAGCCUCUGUCCCAAGAGCAGGAGUCUCAGGAGGGCAGCCCUGAUGGGAUGGGCACUGAGGAGCUGCCCCCUGAGGAGAUGGCGCUGGAUCUUAGCUUCAAGAAGAGAUUGGUGGAAGCUGGGGACACCCAGAGACCCACUGGGUGUGCAGAGGGGACACUGAACGGAGAGGAUAAGGAGGAGAAAGAAGCUGCAGGGGAGAACGUGGGGUUGGGAGAGGGUGCACAGCCUGCAGUGCCUGAGGCGGACUCUGGCGGCAGGAGCAACUUCCAGAGCUCAGUCAACUUCAUGUUCCAAAAAUACAAGCUCCUGCUCUCCCUCCCACCCAGCACUGAGCCCCCCCGGCAGGAUGGCAGCCCCAUAGCCCCCCAGCCCAGCCCCCCCAGCAGCAUCCCCACGCUGGCUCACCCAGCCUCCUCCACAUCCAGCAACCCCGCAUUGCCACUGGCUGGCCCCCAGCUCAGCAUCAUCAUUGGUCCAAACCUUCCCCAGACCCUGCUUCUCAAAGCCCCCUCCACCCCAGUGGUGGAGAGGGUCUCAGUGGUCAAGCAGGUUGGUGGUGUCACCUCGCAGACCCCCACACAGAUCCCCUCACAAACCCCCUCACAAACCCCCUCACAAACCCCCUCACAGACCUCCUCGCAGUGCUUCACCACCCUGCACACUUCGCUCUGUGACACGAUUUCGGGCUCCGUGUCCCGCUCCUCUCCGGAGCUCCUGCGACAGUGGCUGGAGAAGGCUGAGCCAGCAGAAGAGCUGGGAGAGAUGCCCAAAUCCCUGCCCAAGCCCAAAAAUGGCUCCAAGGCUCCCAGUCCUCAGAAUCCCAGCAACGGCAGGGAGAUCUGGCUGGCUUUCCAGGACGUGGCCAUGCUUCUCACCAAACUGCUCUGCCAGCUGGAGAGCUUCAAGUCCUCUUGCCCUUUCCCCUACGUCAUCCGGGCAGGAGCCAUCUUCAUCCCCAUACACGUGGUGAAGGAGAAGCUCUUCCCAAAGCUGCCAGGGAGCUUCGUGGACCAAGUGCUGCAGAAGCACAAGGUGGAGCUUCGUCCCACCACCCUCUCAGAGGAGAAGCACCUGAGGGACCUGGAGCUGAAGAGCUGCACCUCCCGCAUGCUGAAGCUCCUGGCGCUCAAGCAGCUUGGUGAAAUAUACCCCGACCUGCUCAACCUCCACUGGCACAGCUCCAUCCAGCAGCAGCUCGGUUCAAGCUCAGAGACUGGCCAGCAGCCUCCCAAGUUCAAGCUCAGAGACUGGCCAGCAGCCUCCCAAGUAGGUAGCCCUGGCAUGGAGGCACUGAAAGCUGAUGGCAAAGUGACUACCACAGACAGAUCAAGGAAAAGGAGGCACUGAGGGAUGUGCCAAGGGCAACAGCCAAAAAAUGAUGGGAAUGGGAAGGUCCUGAGUCUCCAGAGCUGUGGAUGCCAAGACCACCAGCAGCCCUGCAGGCAGGUGCUCAGCUCCCACCAGCAUCAGGAUCCUCCAGGAUGUUGAUACCUUGCCAGGGACCCUGUGGGAAUGCUGCUUAGGGUGGAGAACAGCUCAGUGGUGCUCCAGGGACACACACAGGGAUGCUGGUUGGUUAUGAGCCCCUCACGGUAGCUGGAGCUGCUUUUGUUUGAAUGGAUCUUUUAGUGCAUCUCCUGCCUCUAUCCCUGACUGCCCUGCUGAGCUGAGAAGGAAUGGCUGGAGUUCCAGUGGAGCUGCAGCAAGAAGAACAUGGAAAUGGCCACAGCACCGUCCCCAGCCUUGGAAAAAGGGACUGCAGGGAUGCCAUCCCACCUCCUCCUCUCUCCUCUGAAUCCCCCCUUCUGCUUUACCCACACCAUUCCAAUAAACUUCCCUUUCCUCUGAGAUUUUCACCUUUAAAAUGCCACAAAGUCCUGGCAUGACAGCAGGGGCAAGGGAAUCGUGACUUGCAUAGUCCCAGGGCUAAGUUUUUAUUGUUACAAAUGAAGACAUUUUACAAAUGUUCUGGAUUUACCUUUAUAAGGAGCUGCUGCCUUCAGGUCAUGUGUUUUGGUUUUUUUUCUUUAAAUACAAUAACUUAUACUUGUAGUUCUAUUUAAACUAAAAGCCUGCAAGAAAGAUUUACACUCUUAAAGAAAACCAAAUCACUUAACCUCCCAAAUUCUGUCCCGAAGGAGACGUGGGAGAUGCACAUUUAGGGACCACCUUGGUGGAGACUAAAGGGGCAGAGAGGGGAGGGAUGCUGCCAGACCUUGGAUCCUUUCAUCCCAAAGGGUUAUGGGCAUCCCAGCAUUUAUGGACAUCCCCUCACCCUGGGGGGCUGCAGUGGGGUACACAGCAGAGGCCUUAAAAACUCAAAAAACCUCAGGUGUUCUUCAAGCUGCUGCAAGGGCAUGGAGCAACAAAAUGUUAUUCAAAUGUUUUAUUUCACUACAGGGAAUAUUUAUUUUAAACUAAGCAAACAGAGUGUGGGGGGGAAAUGACCCUACCCAAACUGUACUUAUUUUAGCCCAAAGGUGUGUUUGCUACUGGGGGAUUUCUGUGGGUGCCUUCCUGGUUUUCUGUGGGGAUGGGGUGGCCGUGGAUGGGAUGGGUAAGGGGGAUGCUGCUGUUCUCCUCACUCCCCCUCACCACUCCAUGCCUGUGCACAGUGAUUUGGAAAGCAGUGUUUGUAAAUAGUAUUAUUGUUUUUAUAUGUGUAUAAGGUUCUGGGAAAGAAAGUUCCUUCCCUUUAUUUAAUUUUUUUGUAAGAAUAUGAAGAGUUGCCUCACUUGGUUUAAAAGAGUUUGGCUUGUUUCCAGA